AUGUCAGCCGGACCUUCCUCACCGGCCCCUAAAUCGAGCUUCACCGCCUCAGGCAUCGUCUCGGACCCUUCAGGAGGGCCAGGCCGUGUCAUUCCUGAGUCACGUCGAGCUGAUGGGUCGAUAAGAAAGGAGAGGCGCGUCAAGCCUGGUUUCACGCCUAAUGAGGAUGUAGCGCGAUUCAGGCCGUCGAGGCUGCAGAAGAGGGAUGAAGAGGAGGAGCGAAAGGGUACGGCUGGCAGAGUCGUACCAGGAGUUGCGGCGGCGGGGAUCAAUGGCAGGCGUAUAGAGGGAUCCCCGUCGGUCUCGCCUUUAAUACCGCCGCCGACGAGCUCCUCCACUGCAUCGCCGCAGAGGAAUGGCACAGAUUGGCCUUCUCUCGGCUCAUCGGUAUCGGCAGAGUCUGCUGCAUCCUCUUCGUCAGCAGCAAUCCAGCCGCCUUCGUCAAGGCUCGCAUCUCGAGCUCUCGCACAAGCUCUAGGCGGCGAGCGGCCUAAGCGUAGCAAUGGUUUCAAUGCAAGCUCUACCACAGCAAACGCCAGACAUACCUCUUCCAUCCCUUCUUCACAAGAUCCGAUCACUGUGCGACCCACCGAUCUAUCACAAGAGCGGCAUCAGCAACAGCGCAGAGGCGCCGCAGACUCGUCGGACAAUUCGAGGAGACGAGCGCCGCCAACGACUGCGCCGGCCUCAUCCUCGUCUCCGCGUGCGGCGCACAGCACUAUGGCUGCUGUCAAUGGCGACCCGAAGAGGUUCGACGUGCCAUUGAAGGACGAUGACAAGGCGGAAAGACUAAGACCCUCCGCAGGGUCGUCCAUGGAGCCCGAGAGUGGGAGAAAGGGAGGCGGGAAGGAUGUUGACGACCUCGUCAAGGGCCUGGGAACGCUUGAAGUCAAGUCAAGCGACGCAGACGGUUCCAGAGAAGCGCCCUAG